AUGAGUUUUUUACCUUCUCCAACUUGGGGCACGCUGACGAGCCUCGCACUAUCUUAUAUACUUACUUUAUGCGUUGUUCUUAUUGUGGAAAUUUUUUCGAGAAGUUUUAAUAUUCCUCUUUUCAUUUCCCGUAAAAUAAUCCAUGUGUUUGCAGGAACUUAUAUGUUCGGUUUAUUAUAUAUAUUUGAACAAUGGGAAUAUGUAAUACUUUUGACAGGCUCUUUUGUGCUAUUGAACUUCAUUUUUAUACGACUUAAAUUAUUUAAAUCAAUGGGUAAGAAUUUGAUAUUAAUUUUUGUUGUUGUAGAGGAUUUUACAGGUACGAAUAUUAAUGAUUUAUUAAUAGAUCCACAAGAAGGUGCGACACUAGGGACUGUAUACUUUGCUUUUUCUGUUACUUUCUUAUUAUGGUGGUUUCAUGAAGGUUGGAAAAAAGGAUUUCCUAGGGGUCGCGAAUAUAUUGCGGUUGCUGGAAUGGUUGCGAUGACAUAUGGUGACGCGAUGGCCAGUGUUAUUGGAAAGACGUAUGGAAGAAAUGGUUAUCAAUUAAUUGGAGCUGAAGGAAGUCGGCGUACUUAUGAAGGAUCACUGGCAUUUUUUAUUGUGACUUUAGUAAUGGUUCCAUUCUUUUGGUGGUUAAUGUCUCCACCGGAAUUAACUACUACUGAGUAUUUUACAGGAGCACUUAUUUCUGCAUCUGUUGGUACUGCUUUAGAAUCUUUGAGUCCAUGGGGAACAGAUAACCUUACAGUCCCAUUAGGGGUGAGUCUUUCACUAGCAAUUUUAGGAUAUUAG